AUGGCAAACACGGUGACGGAGGAUGGAAAGGAAAGGAAAGUGUAUGUGUAUGCGCACAAUAUGAGAGGAUUUGAUUCGUCGUUUAUUUUGACCGUGUUGUAUAAGAUGGGUUAUAAGGCCGUGAAGGUGCUUAGUCAAGAGGCUAAAUUUUUGUCCUUGAAUGUAAUAAUAUGGUGUUCAGGGAUUCCCUCAAUUUCUUUCACAUGGCCUUAGAGAAAUUGCCUGCCACCUUUAAUUUGCAAGAGAUGUACAAGGGGUUCUUUGCGUGUUCAUGGAUUAGGCCUGAGAAAUAUGACUACGUUGGAGAGUACGCCCCUGUGGAAGACUACCACCCGGAACAGAUGACUGAGAAACGAAGAAAAGAGUUCCUGACCUGGCACAAGGAAAAAGUCGAAAGCAAUGCGGUCUUUGACUUUCAGAAAGAACUCUCGGCCUAUCUACGCAGCGAUGUCGAGGUUCCCAAUGGUUUGUUGGCCGCUUUCUCGGAGGAAAUGGUGGAGUUGACCGGCAUAGAUCUUGUCACGCAAGACUAUCGCCAGCACUGCGUUCCUGGUGUGGAGGAAAAUGUUUCUCGAAAGAAAUUUACUUGCCCUCGAACCAAGAAAUGGAUGGCGGCAACAUCAGACGAAUCAGAGCAGAGAGGCCAUCGAGUGGCUUGAAUAUGAAAAUUCCAAGAUUGGAGGUCGCAUACAAGUAAGUUGUGUAAAAAGUGUGCAUGUUAAAAAGUUUAGUUGCAGUAUUUUACCGCAAUUAAGGUUGAGUGAAAUGUUUUGGUCUGUGCAUUGUUCAUUGCACGCUUUAAGUCAAAAAUAACAAAGAAAUGUAUGGGAAACUUGCAGAUUUGCAUUUAAGAAAAUGAACUUGCAGUGUUUUUCCUCCUUUAAGGUUUGGUGACAUGUUUGGUACCAUGCAACAGCAUAUGCACGCAAAAAUUAUAAUCUGUGAACCUCUUAGAAAACCAAAACAAACCUUCGUUAGUCGCUAACAGUGUCUGUUUUUCCUAUAUUUCUCAGCAUUAACGAAACUCAAUGGACGGUGAGGCCCGUGUUCUGACUCCUGCCCAGAUCUACACCGUGGAUGGGUACGAUGCCGAGACAAAGACAGUCUACGAGUAUCACGGAUGCUUUUUUCACGGUUGCAAGAAGUGCUUUCCGAUUCAGAGGCAGAAAACACACAACUGUCAUCCAGACAGGACCAUUGAAGAAACGUACGAGGCGACCCUAAAGAGAACCGCGAUACUCCAAGCAGCAGGGUAUACAGUGAUUGAAAAGUGGGGGUGUGAAUUCAACCAUGAUAAGAAAACUGAUCCUGAACUGCAGACCUUUCUCGAAUCCUUCGAGAUGGUGCCACCCCUAGAGCCACGAGACGCGUUUUUUGGCGGACGAACGGGGGCCACC